UUUUUGGCUCUAAUAUAAACCCGGCGAGACCAGGGUCAGGACAGACCAUCAUAGCUCCACUAGAGGAUUUUAAGACUUAAGGAAACUUUCAAAGACUGAAGACUCCAAACGGCUUUUUCAUCGAUCAGACAACCAUCUUCCCUGUUUUGGAACUCAACAUCCAUUUUUCUUCUCUUUCAUUUACCUCAGAUUUUUUUAUUUAUUUUAAUCUUCCGACAUGUUACCAGAGGCACACAAGAGUUUCAGCUAUGAGGAUUGCAAGGCCACUGCUGACUGGCUGCAGGCGCAGACAGACAUCCGACCCACUGUGGGCAUCGUGUGCGGCUCGGGCCUUGGAGGGCUGGCCGACCUGUUAAAGGACCAAGUGGCCUUCAACUACAAGGACAUCCCUAACUUUCCUCAGAGCACCGUGCAUGGACAUGCAGGAAGGCUGGUGUUCGGUACCAUGAAGGGAAGGCCUUGUGUUUGCAUGCAGGGUCGCUUUCACCUCUAUGAGGGCUAUGCCAUCCAGAAGGUCACUCUGCCUAUGCGCAUCUUCAAACUGCUUGGCGUUGAUACGGUGAUAAUCACCAAUGCAGCCGGAGGCCUGAACCAAGACUUUAAGGUGGGCGACAUCAUGAUCAUUAAAGAUCACAUCAACAUGCCAGGGUUUGCUGGCAUCAAUCCACUGGUUGGACCCAAUGAUGAAAGGUUUGGCGUGAGGUUCCCCUGCAUGUCUGAUGCAUAUGACCGAGACCUGCAGCAGCUGGCCAUGGAAAUAGGCCAGGAUCUGGGGUACGGAGACUUCUUGAGGGAGGGAGUAUACUGCGUGCUGGGCGGACCAUCAUUCGAGACAAUUGCAGAGUGCCGAAUGCUGCACUUGUUGGGCGCUGAUGCUGUUGGCAUGAGCACAGUCCACGAGGUGAUCAUCGCCCGUCACUGUGGCAUGCGUGUCUUCGCUCUGUCUUUGAUCACAAACCUGGGGGUGAUGGACUACGACAGCGAGGAGAAGGCCAACCACGAGGACGUCCUUCACGCGAGCAAACAGCGAGCAGAACAGAUGGAGCGGCUAGUUUCCUCCAUGGUGAAUCGGAUUGAGCCCAACAACAACUACAUCUGAGGGACAUUUAGACGUGGUUGUAGUUUUAAGUAGUCUUGCUGAGGAGAGUACUUCAUGGUAUAAAGUAGACUCCUUUUAAGUUUGGGAUUUGCUGUAAAUAUGACAAAAGCAUUUGUCUGUGUGGCUCAUAUAGGAUAUACAUUCCCCUAAAGGGUGACUCAACAAUAAGUCACUUCACAUUUGUUUUUUUUUGUUUUUUUAAAAGGCAUAUUUGUUCUAACUUAUAUGAUCAUCUUGUAAAAUAACCACAACUUAACAAUUAUGAUAAAUAUGUUAUAUCGAUCUUAAUAUGUGGUACAAACGUGUACAUUGUACAAAAGGCGCUAUAUAAGUUUAGUCCAUUUACCAUUCAGUAAGUAUUUUACGGCUUGUUUUUUUGUAAUAACUGUUGCUAUUAAAAGUGCUAUUUAUUAAAAUAAAA